AUGUCUUCGCACCGGACACUCGAAGCGGGACAUUCCAUGACGGCCUUGCGAGUCGACACACUAUCCCCAGAUUCUCUCGACUUUGGGAACUUGACGCUAAGUGCGCGACUGCCUAAACUCCCCACCGAUAUUCUCCUACAAAUAUUCGAGUACAUUGAGGAAAUUUCCUCGACAUGUCUCGGUCUGACUUGUAAGCCAUUGUACCGAACCCACCAAGAUAUCCACGGGAAGGUGAAACUUAGCGCGCCAAAUCCAGAUGCUGUCUUUGAGUUUGGCAUAGGGAUUUAG